GUUCCUUAACAUUUAUUAAUUGUGUUAAUGUGAAGUGGGGAACCCGUGUACAAGAUGUUUUCACAUAUGCAAAAGUUAUGGCUCUUAUCUUGGUGAUAUCUGUUGGCCUUUACAAAAUUGGUAAAGGAGAAACGGAAAACCUGAGAGCUCCGUUCGAGGGCUCAGCAACAAGCCCAGGGAUGAUCGCGCUGGCGCUCUACUCUGCCCUCUUCUCCUACUCGGGAUGGGACACCCUCAACUACGUCACCGAGGAAAUGCAGAACCCCGAGAGGAAUCUACCUCUUUCUAUUGCAAUUUCAAUGCCUAUUGUGACUGUUAUUUACUUGCUGACUAAUAUAGCAUACUAUGUAGUGUUGGAAAUGUCAGCUCUCCUCACAAGUGAUGCAGUGGCUGUGACGUUUGGCGAUGAAACCCUUAGUUAUGCUAAGUGGAUAAUUCCUAUAGCAGUGGCCAUGUCUUGCUAUAGUGGCUUAAACUCAUCAAUAAUUGCAGCAUCUAGGCUUUUUUAUGUUGGAGCCAGGGAAGGACACCUCCCUGACAGUCUGAGCUUGAUUCAUAUAAAGUGCUUCACACCAGUCCCUGCUCUCCUCUUCAACGGCUUAAUGACUUUGCUUUACCUCCUUGUGGAAGAUGUUUUCCUCCUCAUUAACUACUACUGCUUCAACUACUGGCUCUUUGUGGGUCUGUCUAUUGCAGGAUUGAUAUAUUUGAGAUAUAGUCAGCCGCAUAGACCUCGGCCUGUUAAACUUAACCUCUUCUUCCCUAUAGUAUACUGUUUAUGUUCCCUUUUCCUGGUCAUAGUUCCUCUCUACAGCGACACAAUCAAUUCCCUUAUUGGCAUUGGUAUUGCCCUCUCUGGCAACUAUCUGCCAGUUGAAAAACGACCUAAAUGUCUACAGUGGCUCUCUGCUACAACAACAAAAUAUGUUCAGAUGCUCUUCUACUGUGCUCUGUCAGACCUGGACAUAGACAUGGAACCUACAGCAGCUAAGAGCAAAUAGAGUUGCCUUCACAUUGAGAGUUGCACCUUGACAUUUUCUAUCUGGAGCAAUUUUUAUCAUCUGAAGGUCCCCCCAUGUGUUCAGUUAUACUAAAGCACUAACCACUGCACUAUGCAUCAGUUUGAUGUCUGUUAAUUUGUGCUUGUUUUAUAAACCACU